AUGGAAUCACCCCCAGGCUCUUCAGAUUGGGUUGCUUACCCAGGCAACAAGGCAGAGAAUGAAGACCAACAACAACCUCUAGAACAGAAGCCACUGUCAGAGGACAUAUACUCAAUCAAAGAUGUAAUCACUUCACAUGGGCUGAAGGUAAAGACAGGCCUCCCAUUGGACCAAGUGAGACUCGGUGAUGGAUAUGUGCUGGAAGUGCAGCAACUGAAUGAGGCUGCGGACUUCACUGUCGCGGAUCUGGACACGAACGUGACAACAAACACAAAAGUCUACAAAACAGAAGAAACCCAUCAACGAGCCCUUGAGAAGAAGAAGAUCCGCGCAGAAGCUAUUACUUUCAUCUGUGGUCGGACGCAGGCUCGCCUGGCCCAGUUGGGGGCAUUGUCUAUUCCUCCCCAGGUCCCUACCGAGCCGAGCAUCACAUCUACCGUCGCGAUGGAGCCAGCCCAGGUAUCUAAGAAAAAGAAGAAGAAGAAGAGCAAGAAGAAGCCUAAGAAGCGAGUGCCUCUUGAUAUUGGACAUACUGGCUCUCCCAACAUGCAAGCGUUGAACCAGGCUAGUAUAAGUGCGCGUGUGCCGAGCGUGCAGCCAUCAAGUGAGGAGGCACCCUCAAGUAAUGGCCCGUCUUCGACUCAAAGUCAGGAUCUGUCGGAGCCCAGCCCAUCCUUGUGCUUACAGGAAUUUAAUCUCAAGACUAAGCAUUUAAUCUCUGCCAACCCGGGGAAAGAUUUCGCAGCUCCUUGUGCGACUCAAUAUGAAGACAGAUUGCGAGUCGUAGACAAGGAUACAACUGAAUGUCACGAGGGCUGCUCGACGGAGCGUGUAUUGAGUACUGGUCCCCGUGAGCAAACCUACCGGGAUGCACUUCUAGGCACAAUGGAUCACAGAGAUAAAAGACGAGUCUCAUGUACAGAUCCGACCACAAAAGAUGAUAUAGCAGAGCACAACGCUGCGCUCCAUGCACAUCCAGCCCCGCUUGCAAUCGAAGAGUGGCCCAGUAUCACUGGAGAGACGCCAGCUGAGAGAGAUACGCAUGAUACAAGUCCCAAAGAUGCUUCUUCGAUCGAUUCAGUCCAAGACGAGGAUGUCUCAAGCACCGGAUCUUCCACCCGUGCUCAGUUAUCGCGCCUUGGUCACUCUGCACGCAAGAACAAGGCUUCUUCAAGGGAAAGACUGCCUCCUAUACAAGAAACGACAAGUGAGACGGCCCAGGGUUAUCCACAUGCUGAGCGAGGUAGCAUAUCUGGCGAGAUUCAGAGUCACCUUACAUGUACACCAAAGUCCUCAAAAUCUACCUCCACAGGUUGGACUAGCGCCGAACCUCAGGGCACGCCACAUACCGAAUCCUCUGAGAUUGAAAAUGCAGAAACCAAGAACGACCACCAGAAGUUCUCCACCGAGACCAGAACUGUUGUGAUCUCCCAAACAAAGGGCAGUCAUGCACAUCCCUCAUCAUCUCUGAGCCUUGAGAGACCGGGCCAAUGUGCCACAGCUGCACAAAAGUAUAUAUCGACCCAAAAACCAGAAGGAUUUUUCUGGCAGCUCGAUAGCCACGGAUUCCCUUGCGCGAAGGCAGAAUGUGAGAAGCGUUGUAAUUUAUGGGAUGGUGCAACCGUCAUUUGCCCCCGAUGCGGGCCAUUCUCGGAAAUUCGCUAUUGUUGCAAAGAGCACCUGCUGGAAGACAUUAGGUACCAUUGGCUGUACUGCGGACAGAUGACCUUUGAGCAUCCUUGCCGAGAGAAUUCGAUUCCCCAGGAUGUGAGAGAUGGACCACCUCUGGUUCCUUGUCUUCACCCGUACGAUACACCUGAACGCCAUCGUCAGGCCGUUUAUUUCAACGCAAAGGUUCGUGAGGGGGACUAUUUUAUCUUCUCAGACUGGAACGAUCUGGUGAAAGCUGGCUUCCCCGAGAACAACGUUGAACUGCGGUGUUCAAGUCGGGUCAUCUAUACCAUUAGGUUCGAAGAUGCCAGUGAGAAAGACCAGUUUCGUCGUGUUCUAGCGACAUGUCUCUUCAGUGCGUCAACUUCCUUAAUAUACUAUUUAUACCUACUAAUCACCUAUUUCCUCGUAGUGACCAUCGAAGUCACCGAACUUGUGGAUUAUCUAUUUCGGCUAAUUCGAGACAAACUCCGUUCACAGACUGCUCCCAUAGAGCUUGAAGCCACACUCAAGUAUCAGUUCCAACAAGAAUUCUGCGUGACCAUACAGCCACAUAUUACCGGAGAGAGACACGCCUGUGAGACCGACUGGGAUGGAAGGAACCGUCGUAAUUGCCAGGAUGCUAUCUGCGGAGCUGAAUACCAUCGUUUGCUUGGAUCCCUUGGGGGAAAGGGUCAUUGUCAACUCAUUGAUCACUUGGAAGGCAGCUACUGGAUUCUUCGAGCGGCGAGAACCACCCAUCCUGGCGUACGUGACGCCAAAGCGCGUAUGUGUGGAGAGGGUUUCAGCGACGUCGCGGAUGAAGAUAGAAGAGAGUUCCGCCGGGGUGCAGGAUGGGAUGGUGCUGGGACUAGAGAUUUGGAGAUUGAGGGAAUCAAUGAUGACUGA